UGUGGUAGGAAGCGUCUUUUUGAUCUGUCAUAGAAAUUUACUUACAAUUUACGGUGGUUAGAAAACGCUAUCACACGGUUUUCUGAGAAACAACAUACGCGUAACGAUAAAAAUUUUCUCAAUGAGACAAGCGCUAUUACUUUGAUAUUUAUAGUAUGUACAUCUAGGAGAAAAAAAAGGAAGAGGACAUAUGUGGACUUUCCGACAUUCUAUCUUCGCUGUUUAAUCUUCUAAAAUAUAUGGAAAUCAUGGAGACAUGUCUGAUUGACACCACAGAGGAGGGUGGUGAGAAAAUCCAAACCAAUCAUCCAGUUCAAAUAGUAAGGGUUCCAGUGAAACAUGCCAAUCUGGGAAUACGAAGUCAUGCCAUGGACAUGAGCACGAUGGUAGAACUCACAUCGUUUAGCACGCUAGGAAAGAUACAACCCUUCCUAGUAACCAUUACAACCACCGCAGCUUUGUUAGUAGACUUACAUUGUCACCUAACAGACAAGGAAGUUUGUGGCUAUUUGGGUGGCCAUUGGGAUAUUAACUCACAUAAUCUUUCUAUAACAUGCGCAUUUCCAUGUCGAUAUUCUGGUAAGGAUAAAUCAGCUGCCGCAGCCGUGGAAGCUGAAAUUGCAAGAGCCAUGGAGUGGAAACGUGUAACACUGGUAGGGUGGUAUCAUUCUCAUCCACGCUCUCAUGCAUCACCUUCCUUGAGAGACGUGGACUCUCAGUUGGAUUAUCAGAUUAAGAUGAAAGGACAUAGCGAUAAUGGGUAUAUACCAUGUGUAGGAUUGAUAUGCUCACCCUACAAUAUGGACGGUAAUUGUUAUGAAUCAAAUUUUAAUGUGUUUUGGUCUCUACCGCCACCUGAAAAUAGACCCCACGAAUAUCCUCGACCUAUGCUUCUCAGUUAUACAUUAUCGCAGGAACACUUUCUUUCCCAGGACACGUUGGAGGAAAUAAGAAGAUGUAUAGAAUAUUAUAAGAGUGAGGGUGGCAUCGAUUUUACUGCCAAUUUUAAUGGUAGUACUACGUAUCUUGAACGUUUAAGAUGUUCCUUGGCAUCAAAAUUACCUGGUCGAAACAGAUCAAACAGCUCAUAUUGGGAUGUGAUCAGGGAGAUGAUCUGUCCAGGUUCAGAAGAUAGCAAUGCACAUGAUUUUCUGACCAUGAAAUUUCCUCUGGUAUCUGCCUCAGAAUCAUUGGGACCUACAGUUCCACCUGGCGUAGGUCUUACGGCCAGUAACGCGGCUGUUUUCCUUGCGCCGGUCAAUUUCAAACCUGAUGGCGGUGCCAUAAUAACGCCUACUUCCAAGCCGUUUGUGUUACAACCAUCGAUUUCUCGAGACAGCAUCAAGAAGGACAAUACCAUAGGUCCUAACGAUGCCGCGUCUAUCACUCAGAUAAAAGACGGCAAUUCUAUCGUGAGUUCCAAGCAUAUGUCGCCAUCGGAGAUAAUACCGAGCUUUCAAUCGGGCGAACUCACAGUGUCGGUGAAGAAUGCGAAGAGCGACUAUGAUUUUGCAUCUGCGGACUUCUCGAAACUACCGAAUCUAAUUGGUGACAGUAGUGCCAAGUCUCGAACAAAUCCCGACUUUCCACUGGCGGAUAUCACUCAACAGAUUACGAAGUUUUCGGAUCUGUCGAAACUGGCAAAUUUUCCCACUACCGAUUUAGCGAAGCUAUCAGGCUUCUCCAUCGCGGACUUUACAAGAACUUCAUCGCCUUCACCGUCCACGUAUAUGCGCAACAUUGCGAAUCUGUUCGGUCCCCUCGGCAAGAUCUCACCGGCAAAAGACAUGGACGGUAAUGAACGCAAACCGAGUGAUUUCAUUACCGUUGACGCGAUUUCGUCACCUUUCAAGAGUGUUAGCACAUCAGAAGCUUGCAGGAAUUUCUCGGUGAGCGUUGACGAUUAUACGAACGAUCGAAAGAAAUUGGACGCACAAACCGACCCGACGAAGAUCGGCAGGCCGGGUGAAUAUCAAGGAACGGAGGAUCUAACAAUAUCGAGCGUUAAAUCUGACUUCGGGAACAUGUUGGACAUGACGACGUUACAUAAAAAACAGUCAUCACAAUCAAUCGACAUGGGAGAUUCGUUCAAUCUUUCUAAAGAUCGGUAA